AUGGCCGAGGCCGUCACCUAUGCAGACCUGCGAUUUGUGAAGGCGCCCCUGAAGAAGAGCAUCUCCAGCCGGCUGGGAGAAGAGGCUGAUGAAGACGGAGAACUCACCUAUGAGAAUGUUCAAGUGUCCCCAGGCCCAGGAGGACCCUCAAGCUUGGCUUCCGCUGGAUUAGGGGACAAAGCAGGGGUCCAGUCGGAGCAGCCAACUGCCGCCUGGAGCCCCGUGACGUCACCAGCUGCCGGGCGGAUUCUCCCCUGCCAAGCAUCCUACAUGCAGUACCUCCUUCUGGGCCUGCUCCUCACCUGCCUGCUGUUAGGGGUGGCUGCCAUCUGCCUGGGAGUGCACUAUUUCCAGGUGUCUCAGCAGCUCCAGCAGAUGAGCAGCGUUCUGGAAGCCACUAACAGCACCCUGAGGCAGCAGCUGCGCCUAAAGAUAACCGAGCUGGGGCAGAAGGAAGAGGAUUUGCAGGGGUCCAGGAGAGAGCUGGCCCAGAGUCAGGAAAGACUACAGGUGCAACAGAAGGUUGGCCAGGCUACCAAAGAGCAGUUGCAGGCCUGCCAGUCGGAUGGGGAGCAAACAAAAGAGGCCUUGAGAAAUAAGGAGAUACAAAGUGUGAACUUGGAGCAGAGGCUGAGCAGCGUGCGGGACACACUGAAGCCCUUCUUCACAUGCCCCUCACCAGAUUCCUGCUGUCCCUUGGGAUGGAUACCGAAUGAGAGGAGGUGCUUUUACAUCUCAGUUACGAAGAGAAGUUGGGACGAGAGCCAAAACCACUGUAAAUCUCUGUCCUCUGAACUGGCCAAAAUCAGCGAAACUUAUUCAUAUGGAACUUAUAUCAGAAGCUUACGUAAGGUGUUGGCACAAGGUGGUUCAGCUGAAUCAUACUGGAUUGACUUCAGAAAUAAGUUCUGGCCGUGGAGUGAUGGUACAAGAUACAAUGGGUUUUAUAGUCAAAGCCAAAGAUGUGUCAAGGUAGAAGGCGAGCGGCUGGCGAGUCUGAAGGGAGAGGACUGUUAUUCUUCUCUUCCCUCCAUCUGUGAGAUGGAAGCUUUCAGGUAUCCAGAUGGGGACCCCUCUUUGCCCUGAGCUGGAUACUCACGCCAACGAGAGCCUGUGCCCUUCAUCCUUAAGCUGUAGCCUGCAGGUCCUAAGAUCCACCUCCCUCCAGCGUGUCCUCACUCUGCCUGGACAGUGCCUGGCCAAGGGCUGAUCCACGCCCAACAUUUCUAGGCAAGCCUGCUGCCAACAGAGAUCUGUCCCAGAAACUGGACUGUUCCCAGGGAAAGAGUGAAGCAGCUUCUAGAAGAGAUUUUGGCCUCCCCCAAAACCUCCCAUAGUGGAAUGGGUGGGGAGGGCGCAUGGGCUGAGCGGAUAGGGGCAGCCCGGAGCCA